AGUACAGUGGCAAAUUGGCAAGAGACACACAGAAACCUUCUUGCCCUUCCUUGAGAAGUCAAUUUAGAGAGUCGGAGAGAUAUGGCCUCACCAAAGACAGUUUGGUACUUAAGUGUCCUCUUGGUAUUUUGCUCUAGUCUGGAAAAACAAGAUUGCUUGGAAACUCCAAAUGUAACAUCAGAGGAAUCACCCACUGAUGGAUCACAAGUUCCUUCUGGAGAAAAGCGAGAGGUGACAGCAACCCUCAUUGAGAAAGUUGGUGAAGUUGAGUUGGAAGUCUAUAAUAUUCCACUUGAAGACAUACAUUACCUAAAGUUCCACGUGAAAAGUGUAACCUACCCCAUCCUUAUCUCCAGUGUGUUAAAUGUAACAGACAUGAACAUUACUACUGAAUGCUCCUCAGACCCCAGUGGAUUCAGGUGCAGAUGUGAGGACCAGUAUAGUUGGUCAUGUGAUCAGUGUUCCUCCUAUGGGUCCUGUGGUGAGAUCGUUGAUGGCAAAAUGCGUGGAUGCCUAAAUAACUAUGCUUCUGAUAGAGAGUUCUGUCAGCCAAUCACAAAUCCAAGUCCAACUACUACAGCAGAGCCAUCAACCACUUAUGGGGAAAUUAUUGAAAUUGAGUUGGACAUGACAGAUAUUUCAGCUACAUUGAUAGAUGUACUUAGGGCAAGUGUGACUGGCCUGACCUACCCUGUCCUGAUCUCCAAUGUGUUAAAUGUAACGGACGUGAACUUCACUACUGCAUGCUACCCAAACAGCACAUGCAGAUGUGAGGAUCAGUAUGGUUGGUCAUGUGACCAGUGUCUCUCUUAUGGGUCCUGUGACAACAUCACUGAUGACUCCUGUGGAUGUAUCAAAUCCAUUCCUCCUUAUGGACCGUUUUGUCAGCCAAUCACAAAUCUGACGGCUUGUCCAACACCAUCUCCAACACCAGCUUUGCCAGCAGAAGAGGAAACAAAAAACACACUGAACCUACAAUUUACUAUGGCUAUCACCUUUGACUCUAACUUCAAUGAUGAAAAUAAUGCAAUGUUCAAAGAUAUUGAUCAAACUAUCAAAGUCAUAUAUAAGAGAAACAUGCGAGGCUUCAUAUCAGCAAAGUUAAAUAGGUUAAAGUAAGUUUUGCUCCAGUGUUAUUCAAUACUUUAUAAUUUUAUAUUAUUUCAUUUCAUGUGCUAAUAAUUUGAAUAUUCAAAUACUAAAUGUCACCUUCAAUUUCUCAACGUUCAGUUUAAUGUAUAAUUUCAAUCCCAAUGAAACAAACUUCUUCUUCGUCUGAUGAUGAGUAGGAAGGAUCGGACCAAAAUGCAGCGUUGUAAGUGUCCAUGAUAAUUUAUUAUAUCAGAACACGAGAAAAUUCAAAAUUAGUAUACUGCAGGAAAGAAAUGAAAAUGGAAACAGUUCUGUAUGGUGAAAACACAGACACAGAAAACAACUACCCACAAACACCAGGUGGGAACAGGCUACCUAAGUAUGGUUCUCAAUCAGAGACAACG